GGUCCCUUCCCUGUCUCUGUCCCGCAGAGCGGCUGGGACUGGGCCAAUGUGAGGGAUAUGUGUGACUACAUGCAAAUGAUGGAGGCGGAGCACAGGCAGUGCCUGGAGGAGGCCGAGCUGGAAAAUGAAACAGCAGGCUGCAGCAGGAUGUGGGACAACAUCACCUGCUGGCCAGCCACCCCUCGGGGCCAGGUGGUCGUCAUGGCCUGUCCCCUCAUCUACAGGUUAUUCUACCCUCUUCAAGGCCACAACGUGAGCCGCAGAUGUACAGACAAGGGCUGGACAGAACUGGAGCCUGCCCCCUACCCCAUUGCCUGUGACACAGAACCAUAUUUGGAAGAGCAACAGAAUAGGUUCUACAUUUCCGUGAAGACCGGCUACACCAUCGGCUACGGCCUGUCCCUCACCACCCUUCUGGUCGCCAUGGCCAUCUUGAGCCUGUUCAGGAAACUCCACUGCACACGGAACUACAUCCACAUGCACCUCUUCAUGUCCUUCAUCCUGAGGGCAGCCUCCGUCUUCAUCAAGGACCUGAUCCUCUUCAACAGCAGCCCGUCAGAAGACUGCUCCGAGUCCUGGGUGGGCUGUAAGGCCGCUGUGGUCUUAUUCCAAUACUGUGUCAUGACCAACUUCUUCUGGCUGCUGGUGGAGGGCCUGUACCUGCACACCCUGCUUGUAGUCUCCUUCUUCUCCGAGCGGAAGUACUUCUGGGGGUACAUGCUCAUCGGCUGGGGGGUGCCCAGCACAUUCACCAUGGUGUGGACCAUCACCAAGAUCCAUUUUGAGGAUUAUGGAUGCUGGGACACCAUCGGUACCUCACGAUUGUGGUGGAUCCUAAAGGCCCCCGUCCUCACCUCCAUCUUGGUGAACUUCAUCCUAUUUAUUCGCAUCAUCCGAAUCCUGGUUCAGAAACUGCAGACCCCAAAUGUCGGGAAGAGUGACAAAAGCCCAUACUCAGUCACCAAAAGCCACGUUGCUCUUGCCCACCUCUACCCCAUGGCCUGGCUCAGUCCACAAGUGUCCUCUGCCCCAGCCCCACCGGUCCAGGCUCAUGAGUCCCACGUCUGCUUCUCCUGCAGUCACCUUCCCUGGCAGGUGAUCGGACCCAGGAGGCUGGCCAAGUCCACCCUGCUGCUGAUCCCCCUGUUUGGGAUGCACUACACCGUGUUUGCCUUCUUCCCCGACAACUUCAACGCUGAAGUGAAAAUGGUCUUUGAUCUCGUCGUGGGGUCUUUCCAGGGUUUUCUGGUGGCUGUCCUCUACUGCUUCCUCAAUGGCGAGGUGCAGGCAGAGCUGCGGCGGAAGUGGCGGCGCUGGGACCUACAGGGCGUCUUGGGCCUGGGCCCCAAAUACCAGCACCCACCCGGAGGCAGCAGCAGCAACGGGGUGACCUGCAGCACACAGGUCUCCUUGCUGACCCGCGUCAGCCCGGGCGCGCGCCGCUCCUCCAGCUUCCAGGCCGAGGACUCCGUGGUCUGACCGCCGGGGA